AUGCUAGGAAACGUCCGCGUCUACCGGGGUCCAGCUUGUGCGUCAGGCCGGGCGGCUCACGGGCCGACCCUCGCACAAGCCUGCUCGCAUGCUGAGCAGGUGUCUCAACGGGUGUACCCGUAUUAAACCCGUGUUUCUGAGGUUAUUUUUGUCUCAGUUGGGCUAAAACGGGGGAACAACGGGUGUAAGAAAAAUAUGUAACCCAGCUGGGUUAAAGCGGGGUCUCAGUUGGGCAAAAAAGUGCCAAAAGUUCUAUCAGCUGGGCUUAUACGGGUUCAAUACGGGGGCACCCGCGGAGACCCCGUGUUAGCACGGCUGGGUUACCCUGCUCAGCAUUCGAGUGACCGAGGUCCGAGAAAGCGGAAAAUGACGUUUAGUCCAUAGAGCAUAUUUGCUCCAAAAAUGCGUUUUUGCGAGAACUCAACCUUUUUUUAAACAAUUUUUUUAAUUUAAAAUAAUUCAACAAAAAGAGCUCAAAAAAAUAAAUUUUUUUCUCAAAGAAGAACUUACGCUUGAAGACGCGCCUUCAGCAAAAAAAGGAGGUAGCACCUGAAAAUUGGUAAAAAAACUUCUGAAUGAGGGAAUUAAAAGAAAAUGUUCAUUUUAGGUUUAUUAAAAAAACGGUUUGGUUUUUUUCACUUAUCUCCUUUUCAGAUCUAUUUUUUUGAAAAAAAAUAAAACAUGCCCCGAAAGAAUAAAAAUCAAGCCGAGAAGUCGCAUCGUCACUGAUAAAAAUCCCAAUCAAUGUCUCAUCAGAAAUCGUUUUAUAAAGACGAAAAUAUCUUUAUCACUGCUUUAUCAAUCCUUCCUGUCGUUAUUUGAACUUUUAUUGCUUGGAAAGGUUUCAUGACGUAUACUCCAAUCGUGUUUUAUCGAUGAAAAUUAUCAUUUCUGGAGCCUUAACUGUUCAAAAAUGAACAAGGCUUUGAUUUUCUUACUGAUAUUAGUUGGGUGAGUAAAUUGGAAUUUUUCGAAAGAUUCAAAAUUUUUUUUAUUUAUUCAUAGAAACUAUUAUAGGUCAUUCCGCGCCAGCUUGUCACGAUUUCCAGUUUAUUUGGAGCUACAGUAGCCUUUUUUUCGGCGCUUCGCUUCGAUGCUCUCGGUGUGCCCCCUUGCGUGCGCCUUUAAUAAAACUCAUUAUUUCCGAACUUUGGAACUUUCUUAUUUUACAAAAACAGUUGUGACAUCAAAUUUUAUAUCAAAAUAACCCAAAAAUUAUAUGCAAGAGAAGCUCAAACAGACGGUUUCAUUAUUAACAAUUAAAAAUUAAUAAUUCAAUAUUUUUUUGAAUUUCCUUUUUUACAAAUCCAGCACAGAAUCUUAGUGUGUAUAUUUAAAGCGAGAAAUGAAAUCAAUCCACUGAAAAACAACCUCGUAAAUAAUAAAAGAUUAUAUAUAUCUUAACCAGAAAUAAUUUUUUAUUAAAGGCGCACGCAGGGGUGAACACCGAGAGCAUCGAAGCGAAGCGCCGAAAGGUGUUCUCUAGCUCCGAGGAAAAUUAAAAUCGUGACAAGCUGGCGCGGAACGACCUAUAUGAAUGAAUCAAAAAUUGCGCUAUUUUUCUUAAAAGACUUCUUUUGAAUAAUAAAAAAAUAAUUCAAAAAUAGAGAAAUGAAAGAUUUUGAGAAGCUAAUAAGAAGUGUAUGAAUUUAAAAUUUUUUUGAGUUUUUUUCCGAAACAUCGAAGUUUCAACUUAUUAAUAUGCCCAAAAGCGCAAGUCGCUUCGUGGUCGGAUGCAAAUAAAAAAACUUUUUUUGAGUUAAACCAUGUACCUUUCAAGUUUUUUUAUUUAAUUUUUUUCAUGGAAUAAAAUAAAUUUUUCAGGCUACCAGCCGCCUGGAGCUCAUUUUAUCAGGUGAAUAAAUGAUUUUUUUUCCAAGUUUAAUUUUUUCAGAUAACCAGAAAAGUUGUCUAUGGCACCAACAUGUUCGGCGACCAUCAGGAAGACUUUGAGGAUUUUAUUUCGACGGAUGAAGAAGUAAAAGAGGCUGGGAAAAAUCCAAAAAAGUCCAGAAAUGACUUCAGGAGGAGCCAGAAGACGUCAUGAUCAAGAAGAUUGAAGGAGACGGGGAUACUGUAGAAGAGGAUUCAGAAGAAACUCCCGUCGUUGAUCAAAUCACGGACGAUUCAUCACAGGGCAGCGUAUGUUUGCUUUUUAUCAUACAUAUAAUAAUUUUUUUAAAAGGCCUAAAAAAAUGAGUUUUCAUAAUGGCGAAAUUUUUAGUGGCCACUUUAGGGUUUCGACAAUUAAGUGGUUCAUUUAGUGGCUAAUAUUUAGUGACCUCUUUCCUAAGUCGUACUACUAAAAGCUACUAAACUAAGACGCAAAGAAGUGGCUUCUAUAGGGGUGGUUUUAGUGGCCACUUUAGUGUCCCCUACAAGUAGUCCUCGAGCACCCUCUUAAGUGGCUACUAGAGUUAUCUUUUUCUUUUUUAGUAGCCCAGUAGUAUUAUUCAGACUUCUGAGCACAACACCAAGUUUUAGCCACUUAAGUGGCCACUUGUUCGAUUACUUUAGUGGCCACUGAAGCUUCGAAACCCUAAAGUGGUCAUUUUCUCGUUUUCGCCUGAUUUUUUUUUCUGUUUCUCUUGAAAAUCUUCAUAUCAGGAUUAAUUUGGAAACUUUUGACCGAAUUUUGUCUUUUUGAAUAUUAGGUUACGGUAAGCAAACUUGUGUACACCGUUUUCUGGGCCCGGAGGGAAGAUUGAUUUUCUCUCGGAAAAUACUGAUUUUUGAACAGUAUAAGUAAAUUAUUAGGAUUGAAAAGACUUUAAUUAACCAAGACUCAUUUUUACUGCUGAAACCGCAACGCGACCGCGACGCCUAACCCAUUCUCAUCAACUUUUUUCCAGCUUCUCCAGUCGAGCUUUUUGCCAAUCUUCGGCCAAUCGGAGUUCGAAACCAUCCAAGCAGGAAUUUCAAAGAUCAAGAACUUGGACCUCGGACCAAAAAAAAUGAAGUUGAAAAUAAAAGUCAAGAGUGUCGUUUCCAAUGUGAAAAAGGUCGUUCCGAAAUCCUCUCCAAAGUUGAAAGUGAAAACCUCGUUCAAAAUGCCCAAAGUUGACGGCUCUUUCUUCAAAAAUCUCCUCAAAGGCUUUUUGGACUUUCUGAAAGCCGUUGGAAGUGCCAUGAAAUCACGUGGCUGA